UCUGCACUCCGGCAUGCUCUCACACCCACCACAGACUGAGAGCAUCUCCGUCCGACCGACCGACCGACACACACACACACACACACACACACACACAAACACACACACACACACACACACACACACACAAACACACACACAUGCUGACACAGCUCUGCCACAAGCCGAGACAUGGACCCACAGAGGAGGAAGGGAUAACACUGGAAAAACAAGAACAAACUGCAGCAGAAGAAGAAGAGGAGUGAAUGGGGAAGAAGAGAGAAGAGGUUAAAAGGAUAAAGAAGAAGAAGAUCAGAGAGAAAGUGACGGCGCGGUAGAGGGAAGUAAACAGGUGCAUCCAGGCGGAGAAUGGGCAAUUCCUCCUUCCCAGGCAUGUCCCCUCUCUCUCCGUCCAUUCUGUAGUUGCAGGUCGAGAGAAGAGAAAGGGUCCCAUGAUCUCUGCCGGCGAUGCCGAGUUCCCGCGGGAUUACCACACCCUGGCCGGCGGCGGCAACCGCGGGGCCCGGCGGUUCCCCGACAACACCAAUGGGGGGUUCACGGCGUCCUCGCUGGACCGCCGCCACAACUCCGUGGCCGCCAAGAGCCUGGAGGCCCUGAACAGCAUACACAAGGCGGACAUCGAACGCCAGCGAGACGCCCUCAUGGACCUUCAGAAAAACAAGUACUCCAACAGCCCCGGCAGCAUGUCGCAGGGUUCCGCCGCCGCCGCAGGACGACAGCAACAGCCAAACUACUGGAGCUUCAAGACUCGUACGCCACGUGUGACACGACUCAGCCCGACACAGCCGGCUCUCGCUGACCAGGCCAGCAGGGUAUCCUUCGCGUCAGCAGAAAAUCUGGAAACAAUGUCCGAGCCCGACAUCCCCAUCGGCUUUAACCGGAUGAACCGGCUGCGCCAGAGCCUGCCGCUGGCCCGCUCGUCCAGCCAGGCCAAGCUGAGGGCACCAGGGAUCUUGUUCCUCCAGCUCGGAGAGGAGACUCGCCGGGUCCAUCUGACCCACGAGCUGACCAGCCUGGACACUCUGAGGGCCCUUAUUGUGCACAUGUUCCCCCAGAGGCUCACCAUGGCCAUGCUCAGGUCUCCCAGCACGGCUCUGCUGAUCAAAGAUGAGACCCGUAACGUCUUCUAUGAGCUGGAGGACCCGCGGGACGUUCAAGACCGCUGCGUAAUUAAGAUUUACUGCAAAGAGCCCGUCUACGGCACCUACCCCGGACACCACAGCCCCCACCUGGCCAACGGAGACCUGCGGAGGGAAAUGGUGUACGCCCCUCAGGACUCUCCACCCAACCGCCGCCUCAGCAACCCGCCCAUGUCUUCCCAGCACUCGUCCUCCUCCGCCUCACCUCCUCAAGGCUCGCCGUCCCGCGCCCGCCUCCUCUACAGCGGCGGCAGGCCCUCCUCCUACGCCGGGCCGCCCCACCACACCCACUCCCUGCCACACCCACACUCCCAGUCCCACCACUCCUCUCCCCACCAGCAACCACAGCUCCACCAACCCCACCACACCCAGCCGGCCUUCUGUGCCUCCUCCAGUGCCAUCCUGGAGCGCAGGGAUGUGAAGCCCGACGAUGAAGUGGGGGGGUCCAGGAGCAUGGUGCUGCUGCGGGGGGACGAUCGAGGUGGAGGGGGGAUUUACGCCGACCCCUACUCUCUGGGCGCAGAAACAAGUCGGCUGAGUCUCGCAGGAGGUCCUCACUCUCCUCUCCCAGCCCGAGCCGACCCAUACGGCUCCUUGUACCGCCGGGGAGGCGGAGGAGGAGGUGGGGGGGCCGGAUCAGUGCGUUCACUCACUUCCUAUUCAGCAGCCGCUUUACAAGGAGAGCUGAUGGAAAGCGGCGCCCUCUACAGGUCAGGAGGACCGCUUUAUAACGACGCCUACGCCGCGUCCGUGUUGGCCAUGGGGCUGCGGGUGCCGCCGCCCUCCUCCCCACAGAAGAUCCCCGACGUGAGGGAUUCCUAUGCAGGCACCAUGCCUGGCCGUGGCUCCCCCGGGAGGCAGAGCUUGAGGAGGGACUCUGUGACGUCCUCCGUGUUUGGGGACAGUCCCAAAGCCCGAGGCCAGGGCGCAGGGUUAGGUCUGACCUCAGAGCAGCUCUGCCUGAUGGCCGGGCCUGGAGGGGAGGGAGGGGGCGCCGGAGGCUUCGGCUCACCUCUGCUGGGAAACGAGACGGAGACCAGGGAGCGGAUGGAGGCCAUGGAGAAGCAGAUAGCCAGUCUGACUGGACUGCUACAGAGAGUCCUGAGCAGAGCGCCUGAGGCAGAGAGCCCGGAGAAGAUUGAGUCAGCCAGUGACUGCUCAGGAACUGACACUGGACGAACUAAAAAAAAGAAAGCUUUGACACCUUCCGCUCCCUUGGCCCUGAUGCCGCCUCCACCCUCAGGGGCCAACCAGCCCGUGGCAGUGUCCCGUCUCCAGAUGCAACUCCAUCUACAAGGGCUUCAGCAGAACACCAACGCUCUGCGCAAACAGCUGUCGCAGCUGCGCAACAUGCAGUUGGAGAACCAGGACUCAGUCCUGUCCCUGCUCAGGCAGACGGAGUCGGAGCUGAGCCUCAUGAUGCUGGACGCCAUGCGCACUCAGGAGGACCCGCUCCAGAGACAGCGCCUCCUCGUGGAGGAGGAGAGACUCAAGUACCUCAACCAGGAGGAGCUGCUCAUCCAGCAGCUGCAUGACCUGGAGAAGUCGGUGGAGGAGCUACAGAGGAACUCGUCCGUCAACCAUGGCCUGGUGACGGAGCAGGACGUGGAGCAGAAGAGCAAAGAGCUGAGGAUGCUGGGAGAGACGCUCACUGAGCUCAAAAACCAGUUCCCCAGCCUGCAGAGUAAGAUGCGAGUGGUGCUGAGGGUGGAGGUGGAGGCUGUUAAGUUCCUUAAAGAGGAGCCUCACCGCUUGGACGCCCUGCUGAAGCGCUGCAACACCAUGACUGAUGCACUCAGCACUCUGCGCAGUGUUUUGUAUCCCUCCUAUAUGUACAGACAAGUCACGGAGGGCGUGUGGAAGAGCCCCGAGGACGUCUCCAGCCAAGCACAGAAGCGGGCGGAGGACACGAGUCGCGGCUCAGACCUGGACAUCCUGAACAGCCCCCCCCUCAGCCUCACCGACCUGAGCACCAGCGCCGGCCUGGCCAACUGGAUGCCCGUGUCCGCCGGCGACGCGGACGCCUCGGGCCCCGAGCAGGACAUCCAGCCUUCCAUGACCUUCAGAAACCGGGUCCUGGACGAGCUGCCGAGUCGGCGUCCUGCUGACAAGUCUGUGUCGGCUGAAGUCAGACUGGCGGCAGAGCGCGACUGGGAGGAGAAGCGUGCCAGCCUGACCCAGUUCAGCGCCCAGGACAUCAAUCGCCUGCUGGAAGAGACCCAGGCCGAGCUGAUGAAGGCCAUCCCGGACCUGGACUUCGCCGCCAGGCACAUCAACAAGCCGGCCGUGCCCCCCAAGCCCCAGAUCACCAUUCCAAUAACUUCCACUACAGCUACUUCUCCCGCAGCUGGGACCAUCGGGACAACAGCCACCACAACCACAACCCCCACACCCAGCGGGGACCAGCAGCCUGGCAAAGUGCAGCUGGCAGCCCAGAAGCUCAACAGUAUGGAGGGGGGCGGUUCGCAUCGAGGGUCAGUGGACCUCAGCGUGGCCAGGUACCGCACAGAGAAGCCCUCGAAGUCUCCGCCCCCGCCUCCACCACGGCGAAGCUUCCCGUCGGCACACGGCCUCACCACCAACCGCACCGGAGAAGUCAUCGUCACCACCAAGAAUCUGAAGAUGGAGGACGACGCUGACAUGCCCAAAACUCUUGUGAAGCUGAGGCGGACCCCCUCCGACACCCCUCGACCUGCCUCGACCCCGCCCGUGAUCGCGGCGUCCGCGAUUCAAGACGACGACGAUGAAGAGAAGAUCAUCGCUGAGCUGGAGAUAUUUCAGAGAACGCCUGUAACAGAUUAUAGUAAACGGUACAGCAUCCUGCCAAAGGCCUCCCCCGCCCCUCGCUGCACCCUCGGGUCCUUGGGCAGAAAGAACAGCAGCAACUCUCCGGGGCCAACGAAGGGCCCCACCGUCGCAGCCAGGCUCAAACACCUUCAGCAAAGCAGCCUGGAGAGGCCCAAAACCCGCAAGCAGAAAGAAGAUUUCCCCAAAGUCCAGGGCCAGCAGCAGUGCUGAGCUUUUUGUCACUGACUGCUGCUUCUCGUGCCACAGCAGAAACGCUGCUCGUCAUCAGUUUCCCUCCGCCGCUCUCUCUCACAUCUCUGUGGCGCCGAUCUCCCUCUCUCUCCUUUGCCUCUCUGCUGCUCUGCUUCCUUCAUUCUCUGUCUGCUUCUCAGGUCUCUCAGGUCUCAGCUGGACUAAUUACGUGAGGAGUGAGUACUCGCAUCAUUCUGGUGGUGGACUCCUAAAUCCUAGUUCAGACCUUGAAGGCGUGAGAUUUUGUCAUUUGAACAGUUUGUCUGAUUUAAAUUAUGACACUAGGUCUUCCUCGACAUCCUGUAGAUGUGUUUAUACAUGUGGACCUGCAGUUUGAAGCAGUGUGGGGAUUUCACUUCUAACAUGUAUGUUGCAAAUCCAUCAUCCACCGUAACUAACAACUCAACACAAUAUCUGUGUCCCAGUUCCACGCUGCAUACUAAUGAAGAGCAGGUUUUGUGUUCACACAGGAAAUGUGAUGUCAGUAUGUCAAAUCGUUGAGCACCAACCAGCCUGGAAAACUUAAAGGUGCUCCACUAAUUUAACAUUACACAUGGCUGAGGGAAAUGUUAGAAACUGAUGUUAAAAAAAGCAACAGAUGCUGAGAUAUCCUGCUGCUUGAUGUGUGUGUUACAUCCUAAAUCCUCCUGUCUGUAAUGCAGAUUUGGUUUUAAAAAUUUGAAGAUUUGACAUAAACUUGAUGAUGAUAUCACAAGGGGGGCGGUUAAUCAGAGAUUUGAUAAUAAUAAUAAUAAUAAUAAAGUUUAUUAUAGAGCUCUUAAAAUCAGAGACUACAAAGUGCUUCACAAAAAUAAAAUGACAAAACAAACAACAAACACAUGCAGACAAAACACGGAGAGGAAAGAAGUGAGAGCAGAUGAGGGAAGGGUGACAACGCCACAAUGCAAGGGGUUCGUACCUGUGUUAGUUGGUGGGUGAUUUGCUUCAGGUAAUGUGAAGAUAAAACUGUUUCCAGGGAAACAGUUUGAGUUAUAGAUCCAUGAGUGUGAAGGCUCAUCAGUGGCCAGAUCAUUAAACCCUGGAUUAUCCAUCUGAUUGGCCACUGCGGUGUGUAUGUUGUGACAAAAGUUGAGGAGCAGUGGGUUCAAGUUUUUUGCCGCAGCCCCCUGCAUCGACUUGACUUGGACAAAUUGUGACUAUGGAUGGGAAUUGAUAUUUACUGAUAUUUAAUGCUGUGCUGCGUUUACAAAUGUUUCAGCAUGUUGCUGGUGUUUCCACCAUUGCUUGAAAUCUUAGUGCCACAGACAUUGCACGUUGCGCUGUUGGCGUCAUUUUGUGUGAAAUUAAGCCGCACUUCCUCGACUCCUCGACUGCCUUUCGCGAAAAUGUGCGUCAUUGUUUUGAAAUGCACGCGGAUCUAAGUGGAAGGCAUCAAAAAGGGAAUCGUUAAGCAUAAAGGCAAAUAUGUCGAUGGAUCGAACCAGUUGGAACUGCUUCUCAACUACAAGCGGUUCUUGAUUCCCAUCCCUAAUUAUAACUGGACAGAGUGACGGGAGUUGUUUCACACCUCAUAGCUGCACCUUCCAUCAUCAGUAAACUGAUCUUCACUUCUAAAAUAGUGUUUCCCUUUAAAACAGCUUUGGAACAGUGGUGAUUACACUGUUCCCCAAGGGCAGAGGGGCCCCCGAUGGCCCCCCAUAUUGGCACAUUUUUUAUAAACACCAUUAAACCUCACAUUAAGGCACUGUGCAGAGCAAAACCUCCCUAAGUGGGGCCCCUGUGAUGUGUGCUGUAGCUAGUGUCUACCGUUAGCCUGCAUGUGAGGCGUUCAGGGGACAUUAAGUCUGCAUGUGAGGUCAGGGGGUGGGGGGUCUUCAAUGGGCUUCUUUGCCUGGGGCCAGAGUCUAGGAUCUCCACUGGAGACGGUUUGAUCCUCUUUCUCUUUGUGAGACUGCACAACAUGUGUACAGUUAGUAUGAAGUGUGAAAUUGGGACACAGCUCCUAUUUUGAUGACAUGUAUGUUUUUUAAAGUCUUUGUUGUAAGAGUUGAACUCAGACCUGGAUGUGGCGCGUUAGGUCGACUUAAAGCACAGAAAUAGAGAGUUGAGAUGGUUUCAGGGGGUGAAAUAUUCUGAAAUAUUAAACGUGUGGCAUGGAACAAAUCUAAAAUGACAAGAGAAAUAAUCCCUCACACAGGCUCUGUGCUGUCUGACAUGUUGCCGGAGGGAAAUACGAAUCCGACACUGUGAGUGUGUAUUUAUACCACUGGCAGAAAUUGAAUUACAGGCGGAUGUUUCAGUAUAUAGUUAAUACAUUAAUGGAAUGUAUUAGUAGAAAUAGCAUUAAAAUCUAGCACGAAAAUAGAAAAAAACCGCAGUUCAAGUAUAACCGAAGCCACUCCACAGAUAUAUUGUAUGUAUAUUAUAUGACCAUUUAGUUUUUGUUUUGAAGAGAUCACUUUAUUAACAUGUAAAAAAGAAAAGUGUCAUCUAUGUUUUAUAUAAUCAAGCUUUUUUUGUAUUUUUAUACUUGAAGAGGAUUCAUAAGCAUGUGACACAUUUAUUCUGUAAAUUUAUUAUUUUUCUGUGUUGAAGAUUUUUUAUUUUUUCUGCAAACCAUGACCACGUUUAGUUGUAGAGAUCACAGAGACCGGUCAGCAGUGGCAGAGUGGGAGCUUCUCCCGUGGUUUGUGACGGACUGAACAGGAAAUAGUGAAAAGAAGAAGAAAAAAAAAAAGCACAUAACCUCCUUCCUCUAAAAACGAUCACCUCUCUGAUAGGACGCCCCCAUUUUGUAGCUGUUUCUCCUCUUAUUAUAACCGAUAGUGUGCGUACACUCCACAGACUAUACAGUUUAAACUCUAUCGAUGGUUUCUUGAUGAAUGUGUGAUUGUUCAAACCAUAUGUGGAUGUUCAAAUCAUGUAUAUAAACCCAAAUAAUCUAUUACAGAAUUGAUUUUAUGUGAAUUUUUUUUCUUUUAGACGGGAAAAAAAAAUCCAAAAUGGCAUGCAUACUGUAUACAUUCCUGGAAAUCUGCACGCUGGGUCAACAGAGGUCUCAUUUUCUUGUCAAUAAUACUGUGUAUACCUGUGAGUGUAUGAUAGAGUAAACAAAAAUUGUACAUUAACAUAGAUUUUUUGUAUUAUGUUGAAAAUGGGUCGGUAAAGCCCCUUUUACUGUGAGAAUAACAAAGGAGAAAAAAAAGAUUAUUCUAACUAUGGAGAAAGAUAUUUGAAUGAUAGUGUACAUCAGCUAAAUACUGUUCCUCCAGUCUGAGAGUGAUGCUUGCUGUGUGGGGUAAGUGUUGUUUGUGAAUCGUGAAGAAGAAUGAUAAUCUACUACAAAGUCCGUAUAACUCUUAAAGACCAACUUUAACAGUGCAAAACAAACAGCGCAACUUUGUUGUAUGGAAAAGUAAAAAGUUGCUGCUUCGUGUGAGAAAAAUCAACCAAACAAAAAGGUUGCUGCUUUUGUACGUUCCUGUUGUGGUUUUGUGACAAUAAAGGUGACCCUCUUAUACAUGA